AGCUGCUGACCAACACUGCUCGAUGUUGGUUGCAGAAAAAAAACAAGGAAAACAACGACCUGAGAUUAUGCUGAAAUAAAUACGCUGAUAUGAGCUACCGUGCUGACCUGUAGGGCAAACCGACACGAGGCAUGUUUAGGAAACUGCUUAAGAUGUGGAUUCUGCUCCGACCCACCCACUGGCUGAUCCUGAUAGCCCUGUGCGCGGUCACCUGUGCAGGUUACUGGUUGCUUUGGUCAGAGAUUCGCCUGGAACAUGCCUUCAAGCCGCUUUCCAAGCUGGGCGAUUCUCUGAGCCCAGAUCAGCAUGCCUCGUCCACCACCGAUGACUUUGACUUCGAGGAGCACCUAGUGGUGCUUUACAAUCGCGUACCGAAAACGGGAUCCACCAGCUUUGUUAACAUAGCAUACGAUCUGUGCAAGCCCAAUAAAUUCCAUGUGCUGCACAUCAAUGUCACUGCCAACAUGCACGUCCUCUCGCUUCCCAAUCAAAUCCAAUUCGUGCGCAAUGUUUCCAGGUGGCACGAGAUGAAGCCAGCUCUUUAUCACGGCCACAUGGCCUUCCUAGACUUCUCAAAAUUCCAAAUCGCCCACAAGCCCAUCUACAUCAAUUUGGUGCGCAAACCGCUCGACAGACUUGUCUCCUACUAUUACUUUCUACGCUUUGGCGACAACUACCGACCGAAUUUAGUCCGCAAGAAGGCGGGCAAUAAAAUUACCUUCGAUGAGUGCGUGGUGCAGAAACAACCCGACUGUGAUCCCAAAAACAUGUGGCUGCAGAUACCCUUCUUCUGUGGCCAUGCAGCCGAGUGCUGGGAACCCGGCAGCAGUUGGGCCUUGGACCAGGCCAAGCGCAAUCUAGUCAACGAAUACUUCCUAGUCGGAGUCACAGAGCAGAUGUACGAGUUUGUGGAUCUGCUCGAGAGAUCCCUUCCAAGAAUUUUUCACGGCUUUCGUGAGCACUAUCAUAAUUCAAACAAAUCUCAUCUGCGGGUGACAUCUUCCAAGCUUCCGCCCAGCGAAUCGACAAUUAAAUCCAUUCAAAAGACAAAAAUCUGGCAAAUGGAAAACGAUCUGUACGAUUUCGCGCUGGCCCAAUUCGAGUUCAACAAGAAGAAGCUCAUGCAGCCGGACAACAAGCACGUGCAGAAAUUCAUGUACGAGAAGAUUCGGCCCAAAUGAUUGCAGAGGAGGCGACGGAGUCGCAGAGCGAGGAUUCGGCCGACUCCAGUGAUCUAACCAGGAGUCUCCGACAAUUGUAUUGUAAAUACGUAAUUCUCCUUCGCAUAGAUUUGAUCUGUACUUAAGAGUAACUCAUCCGUACACUUAAGCGCUACCUAAGACUUUAGCAUUGAAUAUCGUUGACAUAUUACUAACCCAAACCUUUUGUACGUAGUCUAAGCUUUAAACGUAUAAAACAGGCGAGAACGCUUUUGUAGUUCAUCGUAAGCAAUAUCUAGCAACAAUUGUCUGCACAAUAUCUCUAUAUGAUUAGUCAAAUGUACGUUUUAUACUCGACAAUACAACGGAAUGAAUGGAUGAAUUGAAUCGAUAUGCAUACGUAGAACUAGAAAUAGGUGUAAAUUCAUAUGUAAUCGACUCUCAUUGUUUGUAACUCUCAUAGGCUAGGCCAUAAAUCUGAAUUUGACAUUC